UAUUGAUAUACAUUUAUAUAUAUAUAUAUAUAUAUAUCAACUUCAAACUUAAUCAGCUGACUGUUGUUACGUGUCCUUUAUUUCUUUAUCUGUAUGAUAGUCUGAAUAACUUCACUAAUUAUAUCUAUUAUCACUAUUAUGAUCUCCAUUCUUUUGACGAUGAUACCGGAGGACUAACUGAUGAAAGGAUCAAUUCCAUUCACAGUAGUAACAGUCCUAACACACCACAUAUAAUUAAUCCCAGCACUACUCAUUUUGGAGUCAAACAAAGCUACGACAGUCGAGUGGGGCGGGACGAGCUACUCAGAGGUUUACUGAAGAUCACGAACCUAUACCUCACAAUCAAGAGGCGAUCACAAGGAAAUCAAAUUGGUUUAUACUAGCUCGUAAAAACGAUAUUGGAUAUAUUGGAUUCGAAUUACAUAAAUCAGACAAUUAUUGUAUGCUGGAUUUGUAUUUUAAUUAUCUUUUACGAUAUUAAUUCUUGGUUUAGUCAUUACUUCAGUUUUCGUUUUUAGACAUCCUACUGUUUAUUUUCGGUUUUUUAAUCUAGAAAUUCAGACAUCCCCCAAAAUGUCUCCAGUUACCAAAGCCUCUCACAAUCAAAGUUUACCUGUUUAUCCUAUGGAUGAGUUGUUAAAAGCACGUAGUGAGUUUAGAUAUCGGUGGAGAAGACGAAUGACCGAAAAUCCCUUGGCCAGAUUAAUCAUUACUGAUCAUUACAGAUACCCGCCUAAUAUAAUCUUGAAAAACUGGGAGAAAUAUCCGUUUGAUGAGACUGGUGAUGAGUCAGACAAGCGUCAGUUCCUUUCAACUAUGAGUGAUAAAAUGAGAAAUAGAAUAAUAAUGUUGAAGACGCAACCUUAUAUACCUUCUGAAAUUUAUGAUAAUAUGAUAUCUGAGGAAGAUUUUCAGCAUGUUUGUUCACUACUAUCAAAUGAGGUGUGCAUCACAGAGAACUAUUUUCAAUCGAUAAGUCAAAAUCAAUGCAUUUCAGCAUGUUAUUUUAUAUGUGAUAAUUGUGAUUUUCUUGGGACCAAUGAAGACGCAGUGGAACACUUGAAACAAACAAGUCAUUCAACCUGUAGUAAAUACACACCAAUUUAUUAUGUCGAUAACUCUGAUACUGCAAAACCUUGUGAACUAAAAGAACCACGGGUCAUCACUUAUCAACCUGAUAGGAUUUAUGGUUGGAGUAUUGGUGAUUCAGUGAUAUGUUGUCCUACGUGCAAAUUGACAUUCCCAGAUAAGUUAAUGUGUGCCUAUCACCAUGAAUUGCAACAUCCUCAAGGUGAACCGCUUUACACCUAUGGAAAGGUUUUGAUUGUAAAAGACCUAAAAAUUCAUCGCUCACUAAUAUGCUCAAAUUGUCAAAUUGGAUUUUCUACAAUCGAAGGCUUUACACAACAUUGUAUAGACUCCACACGAUGUGAUUCAUCCUUUUUUUCCUCUUUAUUCCACUGUCAAACGUCGUCGUUACCGAGUUCACAUUCUGUCAUCAUUUUAUCUGUAUUGUGCAAAUUUUGUGAGCGUAGUUUUUCUACAGUCUUAACACCUGGGGCUUGGUUCACUGCUCAAUCGACCACUAGUAGUAGUAGCAGAAAGCGUAAACAUCCACCACCAGAACAACAACAAGAAGAAGAAGACUGGGACACUGAGAAUUACUCUAAAACGGAUUAUCAAUCAUCAUCAUCAGUUUCUUGUGCCAAAGACUUUUCUCGUUUCUGUCUAAGUCAUGCUUUUCAGCAUAUUGAUCGAGAAAAUCUUCAAUCUUGUCAUCUAAGUCUACGUGUUAUCGAUAUUUCAAAGUCUGUUGAAUGUCGUCUACCGCCUAUUCAUGGAAUAAGUCAUUCAACGACGACUGUAUUACUUUUUUCUCUAUACGAAUGUAAACGUCUUGUUUCAUAUCUUAAAAAGUAUUAUGGAGGUUCAUUCUAUUUGUUGAAAGAUGCUGAAAAGCAUUUAAAAGAUUUACUUGCACAGGCUGCAUUGAUUCUCUCUCCUUAUUUUCUCUAUGAUAAUAUUUUUUCCUAACUUUUUUGUUUACUACGUUUAAGCAUUUCUGUAC